AUGUCACAAGGAUUGACGAGGGCGUCCUUCUCACUAGGCAUUGCUCGCUCUUUUGUAUCCUCUUCACAUCCUCAAACACAGCUCAAAUUAAACGAAAUCGACAAGAAGUGGGUACAGAAAUGGAAAGAGUCACCUCCAAGAUCCAACGACAACCAAAAUUCAGCAAAACAACGAGAGCUGUUUUACUGUCUAUCGAUGUUUCCCUACCCUUCUGGUGUCCUACAUUUGGGGCAUCAGCGAGUAUACACGAUUAGUGAUGUCAUUUCUCGUUUCAAGAAAUUAAAAGGAUACGACGUUAUACAUCCGAUGGGCUGGGAUGCCUUUGGCUUGCCAGCAGAGAACGCUGCCGUCGAGCGUGGAAUCAAUCCUGCUGUCUGGACUGAAACGAAUAUCAGUAAAAUGAAGGAUCAAAUGGAACUAAUGCUAGCUGAUUUUGAUUGGGAUAAAGAGAUCAAUACCUCCUCUCCAGAUUACUAUAAGUGGACGCAGAAGAUCUUCACACUUCUUUUCAAGCAUGGCUUGGCCUAUAGAAAAGGCGCAGAAAUCAAUUGGGACCCUGUGGAUCAGACAGUGUUGGCUAACGAGCAGGUCGACUCGGAGGGCAGGUCCUGGAGAUCGGGUGCUAAAGUUGAGAAGCGUACCUUGGAGCAAUGGUUCAUUGGGAUCACUAAGUAUGCAAGCGCUCUUCAAAAGGAUCUAGCUUUGCUUGAUCAUUGGCCAGAAAAAGUGAAAGCGAUGCAAAGAAACUGGAUCGGUGAAAGCCACGGUGCCAAUAUUCGGUUUCCUUGCAAUGGUGCCCAUCAAGAUUCCAUCACUGUAUUUACCUCAAGACCAGAUACGUUGUUUAGUGUUCAGUUCAUUGCUCUAGCUUUGGAUCAUCCAAUUGUCAAAAAACGUGCGGAGACUGACAACAAAUUGGCAGAGUUCAUAACGUUGAUGAAAAAGGAUGAUGAUCCAAACUCCAAGAAUGGGUUUAAGCUUGAAAGCGUAAAAGCCUCAAUUCCCAUUGAUGUACACGGCUCGCCAAGCCUUCGCUAUGACAUUCCAGUUUACGCCGCCCCGUACGUCUUAGGAUCAUAUGGUUCAGGUGCUGUUAUGGGUUGUCCAGCUCAUGAUGAACGCGACAAUGACUUUUGGGACAUCCAUCAGCCAGGUGUUCCCGUGAGACCAACAGUCGGACCUUCCAAAAAGGAGAAAGCAGCAGCAUUAGAUGGCUUGUUUACUCAAAAGGAAGGAAAGGUUUAUGAUUCGACUGUUUUAAAGGGUGGGGUUGACGACUUAGGUGAACUUUCUGGGAUGAAAUGUACUGAUGCAGGCAAGAAGAUCCUGGAAUGGCUUGAAUCAACCAAAAACGGUGGCCACGCUGUACAAUUCAAGAUUAGGGAUUGGCUUAUUUCCAGGCAAAGGUAUUGGGGAGCUCCAAUUCCAAUAGUUCACUGUGACCUGUGCGGGCCUGUAGCCGUCCCUGAUGAAAAGCUCCCUGUUUUGCUUCCACCAAUUGACGGUAAGAGCUUCGGUAAUGGCAAUCCUCUUGACAAACUCGAGUCCUUCAUUCACACGCAGUGCCCUUCGUGUGGUGGUCCAGCUAAGCGUGACACAGACACCAUGGAUACUUUUAUUGACUCGUCAUGGUACUUUUUCAGAUACCUUGACACCCACAAUGACAAAGCAAUAUUUGACACCGAGAAGGCGACCCGCAAUAUGCCUGUCGAUCUUUACGUGGGAGGUGUGGAGCAUGCUAUUUUACAUCUUCUCUACUCCAGGUUCAUUGCUAAGUUCUUGGGCGACAUUGGAUUGUGGAGUGGAAGCGAAAUGAACAAUGAACCAAUUAAAAGACUCGUUACUCAGGGUAUGGUUCAUGGCAAAACCUUCACUGAUCCUGAGAAUGGAAGGUUUUUAAAACCAGAUGAGUUAGACUUCUCAGACCCUAGCAAACCCAAAAUAAAAGCUAGUGGCCUACUUCCCAGUGUGAGUUAUGAAAAGAUGUCGAAGUCGAAAUAUAAUGGGGUAGAUCCGGCAAAGUGUAUCGAAACAUAUGGUGCUGACGCCAUAAGAGCCCAUAUUCUCUUCUCAGCCCCAAUCUCCGAUCAACUCAAUUGGAAUGAGGACCAAAUACAGGGAAUCGAAAGAUGGCUUAAAAAGGUUUUGAACCUAAAAGAAGCGGUGAUCAACAUCGCAUCAAAAGAUCAUGUUUCUCCUGCUGGAGGAAUAGAAUACAAGGACAUCGAAAUUGAUGGUGUCACCUACGAUAAAAUCGUACUUACUGAAACCGAAUUGCAGUUGUACAACGACAUACGUCACUACACGAAUAGAAUUGCGAAAUCGGUUGACGUUGACCUAUCCUUCAACACCAUCGUUUCAGAUUAUAUGAAAAUGACGAAUGCCUUGUAUAAUGCGAUCAAGCAAGACUCCAUAAACCCUGCAUUAGUGCUUGACGCGUACAAGAAACUCUUGAUAGUGAUGUCUCCGGUCACACCUGCGAUUUCAGAGGAGUGUUGGGAGGGCUUGGCCAAGAGUAUGGGGAAGCAGGUUAGCUCCGUUCUAGAACAAAGGUUUCCUUCCUCUAAGCCCAUAGCUUCUCCAUACACAAACUUUAACGUCUUCGUUGAUGGAAAGGCAAGACACACCAUGCAAGCGCUCCGUUCACUAGCUUCCGAACCCGAUGAAAAAGUUCUUGAUAUUGCACUUGCAGAACCCAAUGUUAAGAAAUUUGUGGAUGAAAGAACUAUCAAGAAGGUAAUUAUAAAGGAGGGACUCAUCAGCAUCAUCACUUGUAAAUAG